CAGCCCACCGGAACACUCACUCAGCCGCCGAUAUUAGCGAGCGCCCUCUUCUAAAGAGCAGCGUUUGGGAAUACCCGAGGCGCCGAUGCAUUCUCGAUCGCUAUUGGGAUGAAAGUCGAGGAGUCGCUUGGGCGCUUCUCCUCGCCCCGACGAGGACAAAGUCGGCCGGCUCGCGCUGAGGCAUUUACGGUGUGAUGGCUGUGCCAUCCAACCGAAAUUUGCUUCUUUUGACUUUCUUGAAUUCUUCACUGGCGCGCUCGCUCGUUGCCUGAAUUUUCCCUUCGGCCCCAAGGUUCGUGGCAAUUCUUUUGAACGGUGAAUGAAGCGCUUGGGUCGGAUUUACUCUCAGGUGUGAUAAUGGGCUGGCUUUCUUGAAAGGCUCAUUUAACGAUCGUCAGCUAUCGACACGCCCCUCGCCAUGAUUACCAACAUUCCCGGCCCUGGGAUGUCCCCCGUCCGUCGUCUCUCUUACCACUCUCAUCACUCCGAAAUUGGCGAUCCGCUCUCCGAAUGGCUGGGCCCAAACGCAUUGAAGGACCUUGAUAUAGCCGAUGAACCACCUGCAGACUGGAUGGAGCAUCCAUGUCCCCGGGAGCUCCUAGAUUUUCCGGAGGCCACGGCCCCAGACCUUCUCCAAAUACUCAACCUAUCCGUGGAAGCAGACCUGUAUCGGAAUCAUGAAUAUGAGAAAGAGAUCGCCUUUCCUACAUUACCAGAAAAUCUACUAUCGCCGGUUGAACCGCCGGCGAAAAGAUCACAGGACCUGCCGAGAAGCGAUAGGGUGUCCGAGGUAAGUCGCUCUUCGACUGCCCUCUCCCGACGGAGCUUUACGUUUUCAAGGGAUGGCGCUUCGACCAAAUCUGCGUUUGGGAAGUUUUCUGUAAAAGCUCCAAAGGAGGUACGGGCGAUUUCAGUCUCAAUGAAGGGAAAAUACUCUGUCCAAGAAUGCGCAAGUUGUUUAGAGGGAAUCACCGACAAGAACCUCAUUCGCUUGGAAUGCCAACAUAGAUAUUGCUUAAAGUGCUUCUCCACCCUCGUCACUACUGCGAUGCACAACGAGACUCAGUUUCCUCCGCGAUGCUGCCUCCUAGAGAUCCCCAUAAAAGUAAUCCUCCACAACCUGAACAAUGCGAACAGGGAACUGUUCAAGGAAAAAACCCAUGAGUUCUCGAUUCCCGAACUAGAUCGGUGGUACUGCCAUUCGGCCACCUGCGGGAAAUGGAUUCCUCCGAAGAAGGUCAAGAGCGGCGCAACCGUGCAAAAGUGUCCAUUCUGCAAGGUUGAAAUAUGUGGGAUGUGUCGUGGUCCCGUGCACGUGAGUCUUCUAGACUGUCCAGGGGAUAUUGGCUUGGAAGCUACUCUUGAAGAGGCCGAUUUAUGCGGCUGGCGACGAUGUCCCCAAUGUCGUGCUAUGGUUGAAUUGAUUUCAGGAUGUCGCCAUAUGAUCUGCAAAUGUAGAGCGCAAUUCUGUUAUACAUGUGGUGCACGAUGGCGUACGUGCCAGUGUACUGAGGUUGACCAACGGCGCCGAGAAGAAGAACUACAGGAUCGACGAUUCGAGAGGAAUGCGGCGGCGGAAUUAGAAGCUCGGGAACUUGCCGAUGCAUUGGCUGAGAUCGAACGGCUGGAACAGCGUGAGGCUGAGGAAAUAGUGCGGCGGGAAGAGGCGCGAAGACGGGCAGAGGAAGAGGAGGCGCGUGAAAGGGAAGCCCAACGGAUGAUGGCGAUAGCUGAGUCGACACGGAAUAUGCGCCUGGCGCUCGACAGAAUUAAUAAGUUACAGCAAACAGUAUUAAUCAAGAGGCACGAAGCGGAUGCGAGUUCCCUGCAGGAGGAGCUACAAGACCAGGUGAAGCAAUUUGAGCUUAGAAGACAGCGGCUGGAGUCUGCUCUCCGGUCAAAUGUGGAGAAACGCACAAAGAUGCUUGCUUCGUCCCACGACGCAGAAAUUAAGGAGUUGACCUCGAAACAUGAGGAAGAAGAGGAUGAAAUGUUCAUUAGCCUGUCAAGGCAUUUGAAAAAUAAGCCGAAUCGGGAAGAGCGCGAGAAGUCCUGCAUGGACAAACUUAAAGCCUUGCAGGAUGAGAAAAUCGCUGCCACGUACAAGGCUCACGAAGAAGCGCGGAAUGAACUGGAGUUGAAAACCGAGAUAGAGAACAAGUCAUUGGAAGCAGCGUUAGUUAAGGAACAAAGUUCUUUUCCGAGUAUCGACCGUCGUGUUGAUCUCGCCAAACGGAUCACGAUUGACCGGCAUUGGUUCCGAGUCGUGGUCAGGAAACGAUCGGAUCUUCUCGAACUCCAUCGAACGCGUCUCGUCCGAGGUGAAAGCUCUCCCGAGGAACCUUAUCUUAAACGGUCACACUUCACGAGGUCGUCGAAGCCACCGUCCCCUCCUCCUACUUAUCCUCUUCCUCCACCUCCUUCAGUGGUGUCUGCGUGUACACCAAGUAGGCCUGGAUCUUCAAAUACCCCCAUGUUUCCUCCGCCACCGGACUCGCCAAAUCCACAGUACUCCCUUUUCUCACGACACCCAGAAGUACCCCACACGCCAUCUCCCCUAACUACGGCUCCGGUUACCAUAUCCACGUUUGAGGCUAAGCAGGAGCAGGCGUCGCUGAAAGAGCUAAUUCUCAAGAGUUCCCGCAAUCGACGGCUGAACCAGUCUGCAUUCUCUUCACUCAGUAGUUAGAUUUUCUCUUUUUCUCGUUUUGGAACCUAGUAGUACAAUCGGGGUUCUUAUUUGUUGCGGCGGCGACUUUCUCCUCUAUCAGCAG